CUUAAUUUCUCAAUCGUUGUAGAUCUAGAAUAACAAACUUAAGCGUCAUUACAAAGCACAUUACACCAAUAAGAUCAAAUUAUCAUCUUAAUUAAGUUAAGCUUUAAACAAAAUGACACCCAUCAAACUCGUUUCAGAAUCCUUUGUUAAACCAAAACACGAAAUCGAAGCCGCUAAACAACCUUAUCAUUUGGGACCCAUUGAUCUUGUCUUUUUAUCAAUGGAUCCUAUUCAAAAAGGCCUUCUUUUUUUAUUAUCAUCUUCCCAAACCAGCCAUAAUCAUAAUAUCAAUGACAUUACUCGUACCCUAAUCGUGUCUAAUCUAUUAGAAAAGCUCAAACAUUCACUCUCAAUCGCCCUCUUACACUUUUAUCCAUUAGCUGGUCGUUUUACCACACAAAAACAACCUGAACAAAACACGAGCUUUGUCUUCAUAGAUUGCAACAAAGGUCCUGGAGCGAGAUUCAUUCAUGCUACUGCCCUUGACCUCACUGUAUCCGAUGUUCUUUCUCAGGUUGAUGUUUCCGUCACUCAUUCUUUCUUUGAUCUUGGUGAGAAAAACCCAAAUUAUGAUGGUCAUACUAAGGCUUUACUAUCGAUCCAGGUAACGGAACUUUUAGAUGGGGUGUUCAUUGGGUUUAGCAUGAAUCAUAGUGUGGCAGAUGGUACCUCUUUUAUUCAUUUUGUCAAUAUGUUGUCUGAAAUAUAUAAAUCGAAUGAUUAUGAGAUCACGAAGAUUUCACGUGUGCCGAUAUUUAAUUAUAGACCUUGGAAUGUCCAAGUCAUUAAAUUUCCGUUUGUUGAUCCGGAAGAGUUUUUAUGUCGUGGGUAUGAACCCGGCCCGUUGAGGGAAAGAAUCUUCCACUUUUCAUCGAGCUCGAUAGCGAUACUUAAGGCUAAGGCUAACCAAGAACGUGGAACCAGUAAUGUUGUUAUAUCAUCCUUUCAAGCUUUAACCGCGUUUGUAUGGAAGUCAAUCACUCGGGUUCGAGACUUACCACUAGAUCAAAAAACUACUUACUUAUUGGCUAUUGGUGCCAGGGGUCGACUCGAUCCACCCGUUUCAGAUGACUAUUUUGGCAAUAUUCUUAGUUAUGACAAAUGGUCUUGUAAUGUGGGUGACUUAUUUGGUAAUGGACUGGGUUGGGCGGCAAUGAAAGUACAAGAACUUAUUGUGGCCCACACUGGGAAAGAAAUACUUGACGGAUUUAAUGUGUUUGCGAAUACCCCAAUGGUGAUCCCACCAAGUGCUUCAGACCCGAAUUCUGUUGGAGUACACGGUGUGAUAAUUGGAGGCUCAGCAAGGUUCAAUAUGUAUGGGGCUGAGUUCGGGUUGGGUCGAGCAUUGGCAGCUCGUAUGGGUUAUGCGAAUAAGGAGGAUGGAAAGAUAACUGCAAAUUAUGGGUGUGAAGGGGGAGGAAGUGUGGAAUUGGAAAUAUGUUUAAGACCUCAUAUCAUGGCUGCCCUUGAAUCCGAUGAAGAAUUUAUGAGUUUUGUGUCAAUCAAUCCCUCUGUUCCCUUAUGUUCUUCCUAGUUGGAGUCGGAGAGGAGAUUAAGAAAAAUAGAAUCUUGAUAUAAUUGGGUGUAAGAGUAAUUAUUAAAUUUAGAAGAUUCUACUUUUAAAAUAAAUAAAAGAGAGAGAAAUGAAGAAAGAAAGAAAGAAAUGAGAGAUAUUUGUUAAUAAAAUAAGGUGGGUGUACUGAAUGAAUUAGGGGGUGUGAAUAAACUAAAAAAGAUGGGUGGGGAAAUCAAUGAGAAUAAUAUGGCAGGUGAAUGGAAUAAAGAUAAAUAUUGUAGAAUGAAGGCAUUUGGAGAAAAAAAAAAUCUAAAAAAAGAAAAGAUUCACAUUGAAAAAAUAAAAAGAAAUAUAAAUUCAGGAAAAGGGAAGAACUUUUAGAAACGGAAGGAGUAAUUGAUUAUCUUGUCCUCGGGGAUAUGUGUUAAUUAUUUCUCAUAUUACUUUGUAUUUUGUGGGAGUAACAUAUAUCUUUUCAUGUCGUGUUUUAUUAUGAGUAUAUUUUCGUUUUCAGAAACUUUUAUGUUAAAAUAUUAUUC